AUGUUAGCUGAGAAACAUGAUUGGCAGCCUGUUAUUUUAUGCGCUCUACCCAUUGUCACGGUACUUUACCGGUCGACGCUCAGAGGCCUCAAAGAAGGGUCUCCCUCUUGCAGUGGUUAAUGGCAGGUCAGUGUGGGAUGGUGGUGCUGUCACAACCAGGACUUUCAUCCAGUCUCGGACAACCCUGCUGGACCAGUGGCUCAGCCAAAGCAGAUGGACCAAGGGAGAAACGAAAGAAAGGAUGAAAGAGCAAAGCCCAGAAAAAGAGGUGGAUGCAAGAAUUGACACAGACAAAGAACAGCUGGUGGCUGUCCUGCGUGAAGAAACAGAGAAUGAGACUGUAAAGAUGAGUGAGAUGCAGCACAACACAGUGGAAGUUCCCAAGCAAGAAGAUGUCUCUGUGCUGCAUAGGAAACAAAACACUGAGGGUGUCAGUCCAGAGCAAGCACUUGAGGCACAGUUAAAGUGCCUGCAAACAGAUGAAAGCAUACAAGAAACUGCUUGUCCAGUACAGGAACAAAUACAGAUACACACCAUGGAAGAGUCAGUAACUCCAGCUGAGGGCAGCACACAAGGCACUAUCUGUUCACCAGAGGUACAAAUACAGAUGCGUAGCUUGGAGGAGUUAGUAAGUCUAGCUGAGGACACCACACAAGACACUAUCUGUUCAGCAGAGGUACAAAAACAGAUACAUAGCUUGGAGGAGUUAGUAACUCCAGCUGAGGACAGCACACAAGAAACUACCUGUUCAGCUGAGGCACAAAUACAAAGCUUGAGAAAGUCAGUAACUCCAGCCGAAGACAGCAUACAAGAAACUACCUGUCUAGUACAGAGACAAAUACAGAUACCAAGUGUGGAAGAAUCUGUCACUCCAUCUGUAACUGUUGAUAAAAUAACUGAGUGCUGGGAUGAAUACCUAGCUCCCUCUGCUCAUGAAAGGCACGGUGGGGAAAACAGUUCUAAGCUGGUAUUUACCUCUCUUCUCUCUAACAAUCAAACCCACCUUAAAUUCACUGGGCAACAUGAUACACAAACUGGCUGGCACUUCCCUGCAGGACCUGGUUUGGCAGAAGAAGUGCAAUGCCCACUGUGGCAAUUUCCCAGUGUGAGCUAUUACCCUCCAACAGAGCCAACAGUGCCCUUUGAAGUGAUGUGGAGAGUAUGGGAGGAGGUAGAUGAGAGUGCCGCUACAGCAGAGCCUGCCCUGGUACCCUUCCCAUUCACAAAGAUGUACUUCACUGUCAUGUCCUACAACAUCCUUGCUCAAGAUUUGCUGGAGGCCAACCAGGAGCUUUACAUACACUGUCCUCUGGAUGUGCUGGACUGGAGCUACCGCUGCAACCAACUCUUAGAGGAAAUACUGAAAUGGACACCAGAUAUUCUGUGUCUCCAAGAGGUUCAGGAGAACCACUACCAUGAACAGCUGUAUCCAGUCCUGUCUCAGAUGGGCUACACCUGUGUGUACAAGAGGCGUACAGGGACCAAGACAGACGGCUGUGCUACUUGCUAUCGAAACAGUUGCUUCGCUGAAGUAUCGGUAACUCCACUGGAGUACUUCAGGCCGGAGACAGAUCUCCUGGACCGACACAAUGUGGGCAUAGUUUUGUUGCUUCGGCCAGUGGUCACCCAGGGAUCCGAAGCCAAGGUGAAGGGCCCACUCCUCUGCGUGGCCAACACCCACCUGCUCUUCAACCCUAGGAGGGGAGACGUGAAGCUGGCUCAGUUAGCCAUAAUGCUGGCAGAGAUCGACAGCAUGGUCAAGUCCUGUAAGGCCAAAGGCGAACACUGUAAUGUUGUAUUGUGUGGAGACUUUAACUCUGUCCCACACAUGCCUCUGUAUCAGCUGAUCACCACCGGCGAGCUCUACUACCAGGGACUACCAGCGUGGAUGAUAUCGGGUCAAGAGGACCUGUCCUACAAAACCCAUUGUUACAGGCUGUUUGCUCCCCUGUGGCCCAGCUGUCUGGCAAUCACUGACAGCUGCCAGUACACAACUGUCAACAACAUGUUUGAGAGUCAGAGUCAGAAAUCAGGCAAAUGUCAGUACACGCAUGACUUUAUGCUACAGCUGCGCUAUUGUCCAGCUGCAUGUGUCCGUCCGGUGGACCUGAACCUGAUCCCAGGCGUGACUGACAACACACCAGAUGCUUCAAGGGGGAAUCAGCCUUAUGAGAAAAGGUUCAGACACACUAUCAGUCAUCACUUAGACCUGGAGUCGGUCUAUAAACAUGUUCUCCCAGGCUCUGGCAGCUCAGAAGUCACAACCCUGCACUCUGAAGUAGGAGCCACUGUUGACUACAUCUUCUACUCCCCAAGACGCACCUUAACCUCUGCUCAAAAAGAUGGUGGUGACUUUCUGAGUGAAGGUCUGAAGUUGAUUGGUAGUCUCUCCCUCCUAUCAGAAGAUGUCAUAUGGUCAAUGAAAGGCCUUCCCAAUCACAUAUUCCCCUCUGACCAUCUCAGUCUUAUGGCCAAAUUCCAACUGGACCUGAAUGCUGCAUGAUAGGAAACACUGUGGGUGAAGUGAAAUUAUAAGCAUAUUUCUGUUCAAAUGAUUCAGGUCUUGCUCUGCACACAUUUGGUUUUUGUUUUUAUUAUUAAGAAUGCCAUUACUUGUGGUUCAACACUGGCAACAGAGGGUCAUAGUUUUCUAACUGAAUUGAAGUCAGUAUUUUUGUUCAAAAGGGCCAGGAAAAAAUAAUGAAUGCUAACAUUCAGUCUCACAUGGUUUUCAUCAGAUAAAUGAUGAGCCAUGAGUGAGAUAUGAAAAAUCUUAUUAGUGGUGAUGUAAAAGUUCAUUUAAAAAAUGAAGGUAGUGAUUGCUUUCUUUUUGGUGUGAUAAUGCACUGACCUGUUCAUUUUAUUGAUAACUGCUGUCAUAUUUUAAUUUAUUUUACACCUAAUUUUGAAAUGAGAAUGAAACUUCUCCAAUUAUGAGUCAGUUCUAUUUUUUCAGAUUGUUAGAAAUAUUGAAUAAAUAUUUUCCAUUAAUUUUUGCCAGCUUCAUUAUUUUUCAUCUUUAACACAUUACAGACAUUACAUGAAUGCCUCCAGGCUUGAAAUAAGAAUUUAUAGUUCCUUUCUGGAUUUAUGAUGUAGCAACGUUAAAUGUAUC